AAAGCUUUUUUCACGAAAACCGUACACGAAGCACGAGGCCGAGCCUACGUGUCCCCUAACUUGGCUCCAGCGUCUGGCACUUUGCAGCUUCUCAUUGGCUGGUUCAUGUGGGCCCAUCCACAAACCUCCAUCCACACCUGUCACGUUGGCCCCGCUUCAGCCAUAACGCCACGUUUCACUUUCAACCAAUCGCGUCUCUGAGCUGUUUGAAUCACUGUUCUCACACGUGUCUGAUCUCACACGUGUCGGAUUCCCUCCCUCUUAUAAAUAUCAUCAGUUGCGUCCAGUUCUCUCUCAGAGUGUGCGUGAGAGAGAUGAUGAUGGAUGCUAAGGGAGGGUGCUGCAUCGCACGGUACGCCGGGGGUGCGUACGAUAUGUCGAAGGUCGACCGGAUAAUGCUUAGAUUCCGGCCGAUCGCGCCAAAGCCAACAAGCGCCGGCUCAGUCUCCGGCGGUUCCACGUUGAAAAGCGACGAAGUGUACUUGAGGACUGGGAGAGGAAAGAGGAGGUACGUCAGGGAUAACAGCAAAAGGUGCAACAGGAAGAGAAAGGCUUCACCGGAGGAGAAAAGAGACGAGAUCGUCGGAGAAGCGGUAGUGACGCUGCCGCUGCUGCCGGAGACGCCAGACCGUAAGGACUGGUCUCCGCCUGGGCAGUCUGAUCUGUUAUCCGCGACUAAACCUCAGAAAAACCCGCCGAUCUGGCUGAGUUUCGCCAACGGCAGCACCGAGGGGCACUGCGGGAGCGAUCGUGCUGUGAUCACGGAUCGGACGGUGGUGAUGCCGCAACCGGUAAGGCUGGUGGGGUCGUGCGUAACGGUGGAGUGUGUGACGGACACGUGGGUUGAUGGAGAUUGGCUGGGGAGUACGGACGAGGAGAAGAUAAACAACUUGGACAGAGACACGUGUCCAGGUUUCGUAUCGGACGGCCUGAACCGGGUGACUUGGACCAACGCAGCGUACCGGAGAAUGGUGGGGCACGUGACCCCAGGGCCAGAGAUGAUGGUGUGGUUAGUGAUGAAAGCGAGAGUGCCAGUAACGUUUCCGGCGAUCACCUGCAGAGUGAGGCUACAGUACAGGUGUGGGAAGGAGAAGAACUCCCUGACGCUGCCUUGCGACGUGUGGAGAAUGGACGGAGGAGGCUUUGCAUGGAGACUCGACGUCAAAGCUGCCCUCAGUUUGGGUCGCUAAAACGACAACCCUCAAGAUCUGAGACUAUAACACCUGACACCACCACCUCCAAAAAAUAAAAAUAAAUUGUGAAUAUUUUCCACUUUUGGAUCGUUUUUAAAUUACAAACUGUUUGUUCCACGUCUUUCUCUCUUUAUUCUGAGUGCUCUUCAGUUUUCUCCACGACAUUUGUUCAGAACCAAUGAACAACUAAAUUUCUAAUUA